UGUGUGUGAGGAAGGAGGGUAGAAGGGUGGAAGGUGAGGAAUUAGGAGUCGGUGAUAGUAUAAUUGUUUCUGGCUUGUAAUACGGGUGUCAAGGGGUGAGCGGACACAGGAUGAUGGGGUGGAGGUGGCAGGCAGGAACAGAUUUCUAACCAACGACCCGUCGGAUCGAAGUCAGCAACGCAAAGCAAGUGCGGCAUCCUCCCUCGGCGCUACUGAGCAUGCUCGCGCGCACGUCUCGGUGCGAAACCUCCGGUUUUACGUUGCGUGCUCCCUGCUACACUCCCUCCCUCCUUUUUGUUUUUACUUCCGACUUUCCCCUUCUCCCUGCUUUUCAUAUUCACUAUACGCAACUUGCCAUCCCUCCUUCCCUAUCAGAUCUUUAAAAAAAAAACUUUUCCCCCUCUCCUUCUCUCUUUCAUGACUUCCACGCACCAAAAAAAAAAAAAAAAAAAAAAUCGUAUCUUUCCUCACUCCUCCCGUUCCCUACCCCAGCUCGCACGGUCGACCCGCCUCGAGAGUAAUUUGCCGUGCUGUCGCGCACACACACACAGAGUGGCGAGCGGCGAUGUAAGGUAGGCAUCGGAUCCGAUCCUAAACGCAUGCAGCAGUCGGAAGCUGGCAUCCUGAGUGAGGAAGAAAGACAGAGCGGGGGAGUGCAGCACGCAGCGUAACGGCCACUUUAGUCCCCGCCGAGAAUUCAAGGACCACCUUUCUUCCUCCGGCGCACCACAACCUCACAACGACAUCGACAAUCGAAGUGUUGGCCUGCAGCGUCGUGCAGCAUCGUGUCCGUUGUUCUCUCUUUCAUCCCCUGGAGGGGUUUCUCAGGACAUCACCACUCUACUCCCUCACCUUUCCCUCCGAGUGCUUGCGUCUGGCCGUCAACUUCAUCAACCUAGGGAUCUCCAUAUGUGCUGGCACCUGGCCCACCUGUGGAGUGUUGUGGCUGAAGCAUCUGUGGAAUUCAGUGGAUCGUCAUUUUGUUUUACCUGGAGGGGGAGUGAAGACCAAGUCUUCUAAGAACAAAUUCCUCCCAAUGGACCUGCUACGCCGAACCCUUGUCACCCAGAUCCUGCUGCUACACGUAGUCUGGUGCCACCCGAACUUCCAGACUCUCAUCCCCAACGGCAAUCGGGUGCCGCACCCCUGCGUGGAGGGACAGACGUGGCUAGGAGUGGGUCACAAGUACCCGGCAGGAGGGGGAGUCAGAAACAUGUUCGGGAUGGACUUCUCCAAGUUCGGCGCGACCUGGAACACGAAGAUCUGCCGAGCGGACUCGGAUGGGGAUGGACGAACGAACGGGGAGGAGCUAGGUGACCCUGACUGCACCUGGAGACCUGGCAAAUCUCCUUUCAGGAUCACCAACAUCACGCAUCCAGGUGUCUGCGAGCCCGUCGAUUUACCAAUAUGUCGGCAGAAAAACAGCUGGCUGAAGUGCAUGCCGGGAAAUUUUGAAUGUGAAGCAUUUAAAGAUAAAGACCUGCAGAACCUGACGCUGCGGUUGCCGCCCACGCACGUGCCUCCCCACGAGACGACCUACUCGUGCAUGCUCUUCCGCUUGCACGACGACACCAGCCGCCACCUGGUGGCCGCACAGCCCCUCCUCAACAACACCAGCACUGUGCACCACAUGCUUCUCUUCGGCUGCCGAGAUGAUGGGACCCUUCAAGACUCGAAGGAGCCUUACCAGUGCGAGAUGGUCCCUCACGUUCUGUGCCAAGAGGUCAUCGUUGCCUGGACUAUCGGUAUCCAAGGUGACUGCAUUCAUCAAGAGGCUGGUUUCCGUCUGGGCAAGAACGGAUAUAAAGUCGUGGCAUUGCAAGUUCACUGGAAUAAUCCACAGAAAUCCUCUGCAUUGAUGGACAGCUCUGGGUUAAUUAUUCACAUAACCCCGAACCUGCGUCGUUACGACGCUGGCAUCCUGGUCUUUGGUCACCUGUACCUGCAGGUGGACCCUGUUUCCACGAACGAUGGCGAUGACGACGAUGGCAAGAUGAGGAAGGGAGGCAGCGGAGAUGCGACAAGGGCUUACGUCAACACAACGAAAUCCCUGCAGACGUACACGUCUACCUGUCCCCGCCACUGCCUCACCGCCAUGUUCCCGUCCAGCAUCCGCAUCACCCAAGCCAUCAACCACAUGCACCACCUCGGUAAAUCGCAGCGCAUGGAGCUACUGAGAAAUGGCACCCUCGUUCGAGACCUGGCAGUUGACCUCACCUAUGACUACGACAGCCCUGUGGUACACAGGUUGGAUCCCCCUGUAGAGCUCCACCCGGGAGACGAGAUCCGAACCACUUGCGUCUUUCGACGACCCACUUCCGGUUCGCCAGUUUGCUACGGGGACGGCACCUCCGAUGAGAUGUGCUUCGGCUUUCUGACUUACUUCCCCUUGCAGUCGACUUUGGUGCAGCCGUGGUGCACCUCGCGGCGCUCGCUCAUCUCAUGCGAGAGAACUCUGCCCGACUUCUGGGAUAACCCCAUCCAAGGAUGUCGCUGGAAGGACUUUAUCCGACCGCCCAGCAAGGAAGCCAUCAGCAUAGUGAAAACCGUCCUGCAAGCCUGUUACCCGGACAAGCAGCUCCGGUGCUCGCAAAAGUGUCGCGAGAAGCUGCAGGAGACGAAAAAACACCCCUGCUUCGUCGGCGACAUUGGCUACUACAUCGUCAGCAAGAUCAGGGGGGUGGGACCCGAUGGAGUGGGGUUCGCGGACGCCUGGUUCACGUGCAACUGUGAAGAGAAGUUCGACUACUGCGAGCGGGCUUCGCCAGGAGGGAAGGAAGUGCUGGGCACCCGACAAGCAAAACGGUGCGUUGCGGAUGACGAGGGGGAACCCAAACCUACCUCCGACUCCAGAACAAGUUCCGGUGCCAGCAGAAUUGGUACAGACUCUCAAAUGGCGCUGACGCAGGAGCUAACCUGCCUAGUGACCUUGUUAAUGAGCGUGUUGACAAUGAGAAGUGGAGCAGCUGUUUUGUAGUAUCUUUAUUUUUUAUAUUUAUUUAAUUCUUAAUUUUUACAGUUUAUAUAAGAGUGAGUGUGAGAGCGUCACAUGUGUGUGUGUGUAUGAUAAAUGUCAAUGUUCUUGUAAGUCGAUGCAUAUGAGCUGACAUCACAACUUUUAGUCCUUCUGAGCUGCCAUCGACAUCUUCAUUGAUUUCAAAGAACUUCAGACAAAAAUGUCUCGCCACAGUUCCUUCGCUGAUGCUGACUAAUGUUUGAUGGCGCAUUUCAGCAACGAUCAAGUUAAGAAUACAUUAACUUGUCACUUUGUUCGUUCACUGAUUCAUUCGGCUAUUCUUGCACUGAAUGUGGUGGACGUUAUUCGGGUGGAUUCGGAGAGGAGGUAGAAAUAAGAAUAAGCAAAAAACAACAAUAACAAAAAACAGUGAUCUUAAGCUCUUGUUUUCUUGAGUAUUGUAAUGCAGGUAAGACAGACGCGCUGUUGUUUUCAACCAAUUCUGAGUGGCACCUGUUAGAUUCCCUUUAUUGCUAAUCGCAAUUAUUGUGUUCCACCAUUAAGAAAGCUUAACUCUUGGUUUGAGGUUAUCUUUCGGGGCACAAAGUGAUUUAUUGGAUAGUGUUGGUCAUGACCUCGUUCAUACAAACAUGCAGGCUGGCACGCAUGGUGCAUUCACGCAUACAAACAUAAUACAAAAAAUGUAUGCAUAAAAGCAUUUUUGUGUUCGCCUUUCUCUCAUAUACUCUGAUUUAAAACUAAUGGACAGACCAUAAACAAGCUGUAACAGAACUUCCUGAAGCCACUAUGGAGCCAUCUUACAAUAAUAAUAAUAACCUCUAAUAACACAGUUUAUUUCGAAUUUAUAUCGUGCUAUAUCCACUUUACAAAACAAGAAUUCUUAAUGUCGUCUAAACCAGCAUGGAACACGAACAGAUUGUCACUUACUUCAUCAAUUUUGAAAUCAAAGAACUAAAGCAGUUCAGUGGAGGGAGGAUGCAUGCAAUUACAUUUAAUAAAAAUCCGAAAAUACAGUGGCAGGUAUUCCAAAUGCCGAGACCACGAACUUGUAUUACACAUCCGUGCUGAAAGCAUUGCCUUACGAGUAACAAUAUGGCGCCGUGAUGGCUUCAAGCAGAGCCAGCCAGUUUGAAAUCCGUGGUUUAGUAAAACUCAGUAUCUCGUUAAAUGCGUCAGUUCUCUCCUCCCCCCCCCCCCCAAAAAAAAAAAAAAAGCAUCAGUAUCGCCUCUCACCUGCUCUAGUCCAGAAAUGUGUUACCGCCUUUACUACUCCGCCCGUCGUGUCGCCGACCGCUGUUGACAGCUGCAGUUUCUAUUCACUGUGAUACGGAGAACCCAAACCAGAAUAUGGCAGACAGGUCUAGGUAAAUACUUUCUGUUGGUUACGUAGUUUUGCUUGAACUUCAAGGGAGAAGAGAUCUGGCUUUUUUCCCCUUCAACAAGUUCCUUCAGAAGACAAAGAAAUCGCACAAGUGUUUAGAGACUGCUUAAGACAGGCUUCGGUCGGUUACUUUUGUGACUUUCUUGCGAAGAUCUAAAGAGAUAUUCUAGGUGCUAGGAUACUUGUUUGAGUUGUUUCUGCUGGAAUAUUUGUUUCUCUUAGAGAGCAGCUUGUGUUUAAAAUCUCUUCAAAAUCAAACAAUGCGUGCUGUGCUUAGAUUUGAACGUGCUGGGUUGCGGUUACAUUCAAGACUAUGUCUUCCACUACUCCUUAGUAUUAUUAUUAUUGUUGGCUGGAUGAUAUGUAUGCAAUCUGCUGUUUACUUUCUGUUCUUACAAUUUAUCACUCUUUGAAGUAGUUUCAUGGCCGCCGUAACAUUCCUUUCGGCUUUCAACCAACAAGAUUAAGAGCUGAGAUUUGACCAUACCAAAGGUAGAGAGCAUUUAUACUAGUUUCGCUUGCUCGAAAUUCUUCAGACACAUAUUUGUUUCAGUUUAGAAUAUCAACAUCGAUGUUUUGAGGUAUUUUCUUUUUUUUUUUUUUUUCAUGUUUCCUCCUUUUCACCUACCCACACCCCACUUACCACUGUUUACUUUUUUUUUUUUUUAAAUUUUGGUGGAAUACUCGAGUAUCUCAUCUGUAUGGCAUGCCUUCACAAUCCUACAUGCUAUAAUAUGUUUGAGACUGACGUGUGAAAGUAUAUGCAUGGGGAAAGCUUUUUUUUUCCCCCUUUGUCAUUAAUAAUGCUUCAAGAUGCAAUCAAAUGUGAACGAACAAGUAUUUCGUUGUUGUAUCAUUUAGCGUACCUUGAUUGGUUACUAAGGUUUUGAGACUUCUAGUGUCCUUUGUCUGUGCCACUUUAGAAACAAAGAGCAAAACGAAAAAAAGUCAUUGGUCAAAAACUUGUCAAUAUUUUUCAGUGCAAAGACAAAAUAUGGUUGCCUCCAAACUGGACACUGCCUAUUCAAUUCAAUGACUAUAUAUAUAUAUACGUUUCUAUCAUAAACUGAACCAUUUAGGACAUAUUCGACAUAUCCGUCGUAAAAAGCAAUACUGUCUUUUGAUGUAAACAUAACCGAGUCAAAAAAUAACUUUCUAGUCAUUACGAAUUGCUAACAGACAGCGGGCGGCCGAGAGCAUCUAUGAACAAGGGACUUGGCGUUAAAGAAAACACGGUCAUCUGUUGAGUGGUUUCCAUCGAAAACCGCUGUGAAACCCUGCUGCUUGCUUUAUUCUUUCACGCCAAGUGUAGCCACAUGACGUCUGUACAAGAGGGGAUAAAUGGCACUCUUUUCCACUUCUGCUGCCGGUUGUGUCUGACAGCCAAAAAUAUGAUUAUAUCGCUCAAAGGGCAGCAAACCUUAAUAUUUUGUCAUUUUUUCAUUUUAAUAGGAAAUAAACCAUAUAUCUAUGUUCGAAUAAGAUAUUCAGACUUGGCGAUAUUCAGAGACUGGUCUACUUUUAAAAAAAAACAAAUCUUUGCUGACUUCAUGAAGAGGAUAUUUGAUGAACUUUACAACUCUAGCUUAGGCCCACAAAACUAAUGUGAAGCAAGCACACAAGACCAGAUGUUAUGGUUAAACCUUCACAAGACUAAAGAAUUCACGUAGACAAGGAAACAAAUUCGAAAGCCUGUUCCACCUACGUCCCGCUAGUCAUAAAUGGCGUCUGCAUCGCCGAAUCGAUGCUCUGACCCUAAACCUAAGCACUAACGAUAUGACAUCGCUUUUUAUAGCACCGCCCAGCACACUAUAGAAGUCUGUACCGCCUAGUAUUCGCUUUUUUGCACGUGUCCAUUGACGUAUGUAACUUCUUUCAGGUUUCAGAGUUCAGGGAAUCUCUUUGGUCCGUCCUUAAUGUUUCCUAAAAGCGCACUUCGUUGUUAUAGCCCCGGUAAGUCAAACUUGUUCCAAUGUGUCUUCCUGCUCUGUCCACAUAAACUUCAAGUUAGAAAUGCACGUUCUUGGCUUGCAAACCCCACAGUGUAUAACCCCAGAAAAGCGUACUUGGAUUUAUUUUCAAUAGAGCCGCCUAGAUAAUGUAAAUAUUACUUAUGCGCACUAUUUUCCUGCCUGAGCUUGUAGGUAGUAAUUUUGAUGUGUACCGUGUUUGGUGUAGGCGUUAUUUAGUUGGCUGUUUGCUGACACAGUCAGGUUGUCGGAAUAUUCUGUAUGUGAAGAACGACAAUGUAUCACGUUUUGUGGUGCAUCACAUGUAAAGUGUAUCUGCUGCAGAUCUUUUUAGGGCUAUCACAUACUGUACUUUGCAUUUUAUAUGUGAAAUGUAUAUAUUCUUAAAACAUGAGCUUCAGUAGUGAAUCAUUCUCGCAGGUGAAGCCAUAGGAUCACUAAUUAUAAACAGAUUAUGAUGUAGCUGCCAUUUUAUUCGGAGAGGGGGGGGGGCCGAAAGCGGCGUUUGUCGCAGUCUUUCUUUUCUAACAUUUGUUUCUCCUUCCCACCUUAGAUUCAUAGAAACUGCGAAAGCUGUUCACCAUACCUAUGCUCACAUGAUAAUAGAUUGUGUUUAUUAUUAUGCUCAUCGCUGUACGAAUCAAAAUCAGAUAAAAGAUUAUUCUCAUUACUUUCUGUGUUGUUUUUCCCUUGAAUAAUAAAGACCAAAUCUUUACAUCAAAA